CUUUGUGUUAAGUACAGCAUGGCUUUCUCCGAUGAAGUCGAGACAAACACAAAGAUGUUUUCCUUUCUCUAACAAACAACACAGUUGAUUGAGUCCCAACCUCACUCCAUUGCCGCUCAUCAUGUCUAGGUGGCACGAACGCGGUUGCACCCGACCUGAUGUCGUGGUCUGCGGUGGCCUUCCGUGCUGUCGAUUUUGUUACGGAGUAGCAUCGAUUGACGACGUCCAGUUCGAUACUUCUCUCAAAACAAGACAAGCUCCUUUCCUUGUGGACAGCUCCAAAUACAACCUUCGAUGGCCUCCAUGCGUCGAUUACGUCGAUUCUCAACCGGAAAUCCCGCUCAAUGCGUCUACUAGCUCAAGCUCUGGCUCUACCUAUCCAUUCGGUGGAACGUCAGGUUCUCAACAAAUAAACCACCAUCCAUUGAAGAGGCCAAGCGCAUCUUUGAAAGGCUCCGGGAUGACAGAAGAGCCACGGAUGAAGCGAAGAAAACUCUCAAUCGCAGACGAUUCGUAUCGCCCUUCAAGAUGCUACCCAAUUCUAUGGGGCAGCCAAGAGAUACGAGUGUUGGAACUGGACUCGGGGGAUAAUGAUAGCCUUCUCCACGGAAGCUUUCAGAACGUUCCAUUGGAAUCCAAAAGGGCAAGAUACGAAGCUCUAUCAUAUACUUGGGCCGACUCGUCUGGAGACUCUACAAGACGCAGACCAAUGUUCAUUGGACCGUACUGGGACAUCAUCCCUAUUACUCGGAACUGCGAGGAUGCGCUUCGUAGCGUUCGACUGGUUGGCGGAAGCUCUCGCUCCGUCUGGGUCGAUUCUCUUUGCAUCAACCAAGAUGACGCUGAUGAGAGGAAUGCACAAGUGGCUCUUAUGCCAGAAAUAUACGCUACCGCCAUCGGCGUCUUGGCAUACCUUGGCCCAGCAAGUGAUGACAGCGAUAGAGCACUCAGUGCUAUAUUCAAGUCAAUGUCUCAUCAAAACUGUGGCCACAAUGGAAGGGAGAAAAAAGCAUGCGUAGAUUGCGAGACUCCUAUCCGGAUGCUUCUCGACCGGCCAUACUUCCGGAGGCUGUGGGUGAUGCAGGAAGUUGUCCUAAGUAGAACGCUGACGCUCUACUGUGGUUCAAAGUCCACUCCAUGGCCUUUCUCGGGGAUGUUGACUCCUUUCAUCAAUCAUUCCUGGAUUAUCACACGGGACAAAGCGAAAGUUUGUCCUCUACAAAAUCUUCUCAGCCUUAUGGUCGAUACUUCCGAAUGUUUAUGCAAGGACCCGCGAGACAAAGUAUUUGCUCUGCUAGGCUUAGCCUCGCGAUGGAAUGCGUGGCCAGUCUUCCCGGACUAUAGGCUUACUAUAGAGGAAGUCAGCAUUGGUAUUGCGGCAUAUUUGACACAGAAAUGUGGCCUUGGUAUGGCUGUCCUUCUCUUUGGAGGUGCGAACCGAGUUCGACGAAGCACUCUGCCAUCUUGGGUACCAGACAUACGAGUGUCGUUCCGCCAACGGGGCAACGGUGGAAACCUUUACGAAAGACUUGUGAAGUCUGGGAAAGUCGAGGCAAGUGGAGAGCUAAGCUUCGAUAACGUGACCUUGGACAAGGGAUGUCUCUCGUUGCAACUGCCGUCUUCAUGCGAUAUCCGCAUUGUUUCGCGGAGUGGGUAUCUACAGGUUACAGCUGUCGAGCUGUGCAAUGUUCGCGCAUUCUUUACCGAUGACGGCCGAUAUAAGGGUUCAUUUGCGAGGACUGGAUGCAAGGACGGCCCGGAAACGAAAGCCACAUUGAUUCUCCCCCAUCCGUCUCGCAUGUACCGAGACAGCCAUGAAAUUGACGUUUCCCACCACAUACGAGAAGGUGACAGUCUUUUCUGGCUUCACGGCAUCAACGGAUACGCAGUGCUAAGGUCAAUCCGUGCCUCUUCAACUUAUCAUCUCCUAUGUGCCUGUGAUCUACUAUUCGAGAAUCUCGACACCGGUGAAGUGGCAAAAAACAUGAGCUUCAAACCAUUCAGCCUGGGAGAUCAUGCACAACUAGAAAAGCGAUAGGGAUGUCUCAUAGAUGAUUGUCGUUCGAUGAUUGGAGGAGACUAUGUGCAACAAAUGUUUGAGUUGCCAGCAGAGCCUCUCUUGUUGAAGCUUGCAACAUACAUUCCCCGCCACAACAGCGAUUCAAAGAUGCGACUCUGGAAGAUAUGGAAGCAACUCGGAUUCAAGUUCAAGCCUUACCUUGAAGACGAACGGGGGACUCAGCUAUUACUUUGUGGAGUAACUGGUGC